AUGCCCACAGCCGGCUGUAAAACCAAAUGUCCGGAGAAAGAGCUCAAUUUUCGUUGGAAAAACGGCCUGUUACACCCCUUGGAAACGGAAAAUCCAUUUGGAAAGAUCUAUGCCUUAAAAAGGGUACCAGUCAAGGAUAAUAUCUGUAAAAGCUACUCGAGACCAGCUGCGAGUAAGCAGAUUGACUUUAGUCAAGUGCGGACUUUGGAAGCUUGUUUUGAUACUGUAAGUUGAUUUUUUUUUGUUACAGUAGGGUAAUGAUUAGGGAAGGAGGGAUGGGCGGGAAGACAGUUUUUGCAACUUUGUGGUUUGUAAAGAAAGUUUUUGCUAUUUUAUGCUUUGUAAAGAAAGUUCUUGCUAUUUUGCAAUUUUUAAAGAAAGUUCUUGCCGUUUUAUGUUCUGGAAGCAAAGUUUUUGCCAUUUUUUGCUUUGUAAAGAAAGUUCUUGCAAUAUUACACCAAAUUAAUCAUAAAUAUUGUAGAUAAAGUACCUCCAAAAGCUAGCAUCCCAAUAUAACCAAGAUCAUCAAUGGUCUUUGGUAUACGAGUACAUCAACGACCGUAUGAGAGCGAUACGACAAGAUAUUAUAGUGCAAAACAAGCAUAAGGACCAAAAAGCCGGUGAAAUUUAUGAAGCCAUUAUCAAAUUUUACUUGAUUUCUGGGUAUAGGUACGUUUUUUACAAUUUUUGAGGCUGUAAAGUAAGUUCUUGCCAUUUUCUGUUUUAUAAAGAAAGUUAUUGCCACUUUAAGUUCCGUAAUGAAAUUUCUUUCCGUUUUUUAGUCUGUAAAGAAAGUUCUUGCCAUUUUCUGUUUUGUAAAAAUAGUUUUUGCUAUUUCUCGUUUUGUAAAGAAAGUUCUUUACCAUUUUUUAAAGACGUAGAUUAAUAAUACAUUUUAGAUCCGAAAAGCUGAAAACAUCAACGUACGUGGCUGUUCAUCAUCAACAAGAACUCAAUGAGACAUUGGAACGAUGGUACGCCGCCAAACAUAAUUCGAAAGAGGUCAGUUUUAAAACAUUGAUUUAUAAUAAAAAUUGAAAUUUUUUUUAUUAUUAUACGGUUUUUCAUUGUAAAAUAGUUUUGCACUGUGCAAGCCUUUUUUCUUUUUUUUUCUGCACAGUGCAAGCCUCUUUUCGUUAUUUUUUUGCACUGUGCAGACCAUUGUCUUAUUCUUUGCACCGUGCAGUGGAUUUAAAAUUUAAAUAAAAGCUUAAAAAUAUAAAAAUAAUCUGGUUUUUUUUAAUUUUUUAAUAAAAUGACUUUUCAGACCAUGAUAACAUACAUAUUGUACUCAUUACAUCGUUCUGACAUUGUUGAAGUACUCUACAAACAUAAAUCAUUAUUAGAAGAACAAUACCAAGUAAUUAUGGAUUUGAUCUCAGCUUAUGUGAUUGGCAAUUUCGUGAAGUUUUUUCGAAUUGUGGAUGGAUUUGAAGAGUUAUAUCGGUACGUUUUGUCAUUUUUCAUGUCUUAAAGCAAUGUAUGAAAAAAUAGCAAGAACUCUUUACAAAAUUAGAAAGCGCAAGAACUUUCUUUACAAAACAAAAAAUACAAAAACUUUCUUUAAAAACCAAAAAACGGCAAGAACUUUCUUUACAACUCAUAUUUUGUAAUUUUAGAUACGCCCUGUCAUCCUCAAUAUCAGAAAUGCGACAAAACGCCUUGAAUGCGCUUUAUUCUUCUAGCUUGUCACCAAUAGCUAAAUGGCCAAUGAAAAUCAUAUCAGACUGGUUGUCAGUUGCCCAUGAACAAGAAACGACAGCUUUAUUACGGUUCAGUUUCAAUGAUAUCAAGUUGGAGGAUGGGUUGGUCAAAUUUCAUGGCUCAAAACCAAACGAAAACCAGGAAAUCGACCAGUUUUUGUGGAUCUCAAUAUAA